AUGUUCCGUUUCCACAAGGGACAGGUCAAAAGCAACCCUAUGGAGUUCCCAGCAGCGUACACCGAUGCUCCUUUCAAUCUGAGUAACCUGACAAGUAAAAAUGGCUCUUGGGAUGGCUGUUCACGUGACAAUGUUUUGAAGACAAUAGUGUUUCCAGUGCUCUAUUCUAUUCUUUUUCUGUUGGGUCUUUUACUCAAUGCCUUGGCAGUUAGAGUGUUCUUCAGCAUCCCCAGUAACUCCCAUUUUAUCAUCUACCUAAAGAACAUCGUGGUUGCUGAUGUGAUUAUGACCUUCACUUUCCCCUUUAAGAUUCUCUCUGACUCCAACGUGGCGUCCGUCACGGUCAGGGUUUUUGUUUGCCGAGUCUCCUCUGUCCUCUUCUAUCUCACAAUGUAUAUCAGCAUCCUCUUCUUUGGCCUAAUCAGCAUUGACCGCUGCCGCAAGACUCUCAGGCCCUUUGUGGGCACCAAUACGUCCCGUCUGGCUCGAAGGAAGGUCCUGUCUGGCCUCAUCUGGGCGUCUCUGUUCGUGCUCUGUUUGCCCAACAUGGUCCUUACCAGCCGGCCUCCGACCUCUGUUCAAUUCAAAUGCAGUGACCUGAAGACACAAAUGGGACUGUACUGGCAUGAGGUGGUCAAUUACGUGUGUCAAGUGAUCUUUUGGACCAACCUGGUAACCGUUGUGAUUUGCUAUACCCUCAUCACCAAAGAGCUGUACAGCUCUUACGCCCGUACACGAGCCCGCCGUAUGGUUGUGGGAGGACAGGUGCGGGCCAACGUCUUUCUGGUUCUUGGCGUGUUCUUUGUGUGUUUUGUGCCCUUCCACUUCGCUCGUGUGCCCUACACCAUGAGUCAAACGCAGCACCACAAGUUUGAUUGCAAGCAGAAACUCAUCUUUUUCCAGCUGAAGGAAAGCACUCUGUGGUUGUCCUCCCUCAACUCCCUGUUAGACCCACUCAUCUAUUUCUUCCUCUGUAAGUCUUUCAGAAACUCUCUUUUCAGUAUUCUCCGUCUGUCACCAGGCAGAUGCAGGGCUAUGAGGGAACUGCUAACUGACAGCACUGCAGGUGGUACCCCUCUGGAAAAUUCCACAGCCCAUUCAAGGGGAUGA